AUGUCGUCGUCGUCCCUGGAAAGGACACGCGAGCUAAGCAAGCAGCUUUCCAAAUCCACGGCAGAUUCUAAUGUCGAAGAUAUACUAUCGUUGCUUCGGCAGCUCAAGGAGGUUGUCGUGCCAUCUGAAGAGCUCAUUCGCGCAACGAAGAUUGGUGUAGCUGUGGGAAAACUGCGCACGCACUCUCAUGCACGCAUUUCGGAGCUCGCAAAGGAGCUUGUAAAGUCAUGGAAGUCACAGAUUGAGAAGCAGCGCCGCGAAUCACCUGCCAGUGAGAAAUCCAAAAAGGACGCAGCGUCAUCUGCCGAUACCAAGUCUUCCUCAUCCUCCUCCUCAUCCCUGUCUUCUUCCGCUGCUCCUGCUUCGAACUCUUCAUCUACAAACUCGAAGAACGUGGAUAUCAACUUUGAAGUGCUGAAUGAUAGAGUCCGCAAUGCGUGUCUGAAACUCUUGUACAACAGUUUAGAGGUGCAGGAUCACGCAGAGCCUCAAACGGUCUUUGCAUCAGCCAUGAAAAUUGAAGAAGCUGCCUACACAAAAAUUGGUGCUAGCACGACCAACAAUGACUAUCGUGGCAAGGUUCGAAGCUUAAGUCUUAACCUUAAGGACAAAAACAAUCCCGAAUUGCGCCAAAAAGUCUUGGAGGGUCAUAUUGAUCCUGGAAUGCUUGUGGUCAUGCGCUCUGAAGAAUUAGCAUCAAAGUCACUCAAGGAGCAGCAAGAGUCUAUUCGUCAGCAGAAUCUACACAAUGCCAAGGGUGCUGAGGCUCAAGAAGCUGAAACAGAUGCAUUCCAAUGCGGCAAGUGCAAACAACGAAAAACCCGCUACUAUCAAAUGCAGACUCGUAGUGCAGACGAGCCGAUGACUACAUUUGUCACCUGCGUCAACUGCAACCACAAGUGGAAAUUCUCAUAA